AUAAAUUGGAAGUAAUCAUUUUCAUUUUCAUUUUCGUUUGUUCUCCCAAACCAAGUAAUACUUAUCAUCAACAAAGACGAGCAAGAAGCUUGUUAAAGAGAAACAAGAGAGGAAGAAAACUGAGAAACAGACUAGGUAGGUUGAGAGGAGAAGGAGAUGAAGGGAGAAGAAUUAGGAAAAAUGAUACUUGUCUCAAGCAUUGUUUGUGUAACGUUGCUGCUGUUGUUGGCUAUGAUCAAGAUGUUUGAAAAGCUAUGGUGGAAACCGACUCGCAUUCGGAAGCUGAUGGCUCUGCAGGGGAUCAAAGGCCCUUCUUUCAGACUUAUCCAUGGAAACACCAUAGAAAUCUCCAACAUGAAAAGGGAAGCAAUGAGCAGGCCCAUGAGCUUAUUACAUGACAGCUUUCCUCAAGUUCAACCUCACAUUCACUUGUGGACCAAGUUAUACGGGAAGAAUUAUCUUCAAUGGCAUGGCUCCAAACCUCAGCUUGUCAUUACAGAAGCUGCAAUAUGCAAAGACAUACUGAACAACAAUGAUGGGGCUGUUCAAAAAGCAGAGACAAUAGGAUAUGUGAAGAAGCUAUUAGGAGAUGGCCUCACAAGAUCCUCAGGUGAAAAAUGGUCCAAGAUGAAAAAACUGGCCAACCAUGCCUUCCAUGGAGAGAGGUUAAAAAGUAUGAUCCCAGCAAUGAUAGCCAGUGGCGAGACAAUGCUUGAGAGGUUGAAAAACCAUCAAGGCAGAGAGAUUGAAGUUUACGACGAGUUCAGGUUUUUCACUUCAGAAGUGAUCUCCAGAACAGCCUUUGGCAGCAGCUACUUAGAAGGCGAGAAUAUUUUUGAGAUGUUGAUGAAGUUAGCCUUCUUGACAUUCAAAAAUACUCACAAAAUUAGGUUUCCAGGUAUCAGUAAGAUCUUUAAAACCAAAGAUGAGAUCGAAUCAGCGGAGCUUGAGAAAGGAAUACGCAACAGCGCAAUGGAGCUUAUUAAGAAAAGAGAAAAGAAGGCAAUGGCUGGAGAAGAAGAAGGCUUUGGGAGUGAUUUUCUUGGAUUGCUUUUAGAGGCUCACCAUGAUACCAAUGAGAAGCAGAGGAUUUCAGUGGACGAUUUGGUCGACGAGUGCAAGACUUUCUACUUGGCUGGACAAGAAACCACUACCAGUUUGCUUGCCUGGACUGUCUUUAUUCUGGCCCUCCAUAGAGAUUGGCAAGAGGAAGCAAGAAAGGAGGUCCUACAACUAUUUGGCAAACAAACUCCAAACCCUGAUGGCAUUGCCAAACUCAAAACAAUGAGUAUGAUUAUCAAUGAGUCCCUGAGAUUAUACUCUCCUAUUGUUUCCUUGGAAAGGAAAACUGAGAGGGAAGUUAGACUGGGAAAUCUCAUAGUCCCUGCUAAUGUUGAACUGCUACUCCCAAACCUAGCAUUUCACCAUGAUCCUAAAUUCUGGGGAGAAGACGUGCACCUUUUCAAACCAGAGAGAUUCUCAGAAGGGGUUGCUAAAGCUACCAAGGAUAACAUGGUCGCAUUCCUUCCCUUUGGAAUGGGACCUCGAACUUGUGUGGGCUUCCAGUUUGUAACCAUUGAAGCAAAGAUUGCCCUGUCAAUGAUUCUACAGAACCACUCAUUCACCCUCUCUCCGGCCUACGUCCACUCCCCCUUUCAAUUUCUUACACUUAGGCCACAGCAUGGCGUUCGAGUAACGCUACACCCGCUCUGAACUGUGUAGACCACGUGGAUAUGAGGUUGAAUGCGGGGAAACCAUGGCUUUGAGUUUCAGUCAAAUAAUGGUACUGGGUUUGUGAGUUUUAUUUAUGUACGUAGAGUCUGUUAUUGGUACUUCAAUAAAGUAUUUGAGAUAAAUUGACAAUAA